GUUUGUUAUUCGUGAGAAUCAGAAUAAAUUUUUAUUUAAUUUAUUCUCGAAAUUAAGAUGCAGAUGGAGGGAAAGCAGAAAAAAGGGAAAAGAAAAGAAGUUUGGGCCACUGCGUGUUCGAAUCCUCCGAUUUCAAAUCUGCGUCCCACCCCACGACCAGGCGCCCCACACAAUCGAAUGGCGCCAAGUGUACUCCCGCACGAGUUCCCCCUCUGCGCGUGCGGAGCAUAACGGGACGGCUGGUUAGCUUGUCCCUUGGGCUCCAAAUUUCACCCAAAACCAAAAUCACUCCCCGCUACUCCCCUUCUGAGCUUGGAGUUGGAGAGAAGCCCGACCGUUCUAGCAGAUACAUCGGAGUAUUGAUAUUUCGAGAACGAGGAAAGUUGUUCCGAGUGUGUAACAACUUAAUCGGAAUUCUGAACUCCGUGGUCUUUUUGUUCUCGAUUCCGAUCUUGGGAGAUGGAAUAUGGCUGGCAAAUAGAGCGAGCACUGACUGAGAAGUUCCUCGAGAAAUCCAUUAUCACUCUGGGGUGUUUCUCAUGUUGGUGUCUCUCGCCAGACUCAUAGGUGCGUGUUACAGGAUCUCAUGGCUUCUCUGGAUUUACUUAUGCGUGAUGUUCCUCCUCAUUGUUCUUCUUUUCUGCUUCACAAUCUUCACUUUCGUGGUGACUAACAAGAGUGCAGGAGAGGUUCUCUCGGGUAAUGGGUAUAAGGAUUAUAAACUGGGAGACUAUUCAAAUUGGUUGCAGAAGAGGGCUAACAACAACAAAAACUGGAACAAGAUCAAGAGUUGCAUGAUGAAUAGCUAUGUCUGCAAUAGCAUUAGCGAUGCCACCGACACAGUUGAACAGUUUUAUUCUCGUCACUUAUCGAUUCAGUUGGGAUGUUGCAAGCCUCUAACAACAUGCAAGUUCCAAUAUGAGAGGCCAACCAUCUGGAACAAAACAAACACAACAAGCACCCUCACUGAUUGUGCUUCUUGGGACAAGCCCACCGGAGAGCUCUGCUUCAAUUGCUUCAAUAGGGAGUUAAUUACCUCCAGGCGAUGUGAUCACCGGAACGAACGCCGACAUCGGAGAAGUGGAUUUCGAUCUAAGAUGGAAGUGGAGAGAGGGUCGAGCAUGAAUGGGGCUUUUGGGUUUUUUGUUGAAAUUUGGGAGACAAUAGGACAAGCUUUUAACUUGUGGACUAAGGGCCUGUUCGUUUCCUCUUAACUCUUAUCUCUUAAGAGGAAUCUUUUAA